GAUUUGGGGCUCCGCGGACGCGAAUAUCAGUUUAAAAAAACGUAACUGUAAGUAAACUGUUACAAAAAAUGGCUAAGUGUUGUAUUUUAGUGUGUGGUGCAAGAAAAAACAAAAAACAACCUGAAUUGACGCUUCAUAGAUUUCCGAAGAAUGAAGUUUUGAGGAAAAGAUGGUUUCAGGCCAUCGGUGAGAGAAACAUCAAUCCUGGUCAAAAGGAGUGGUUCCUCUGUUCACUGCAUUUUGAAUAAAGCUGUUUUAAUAAAACUCUCGAUGUUAUGAGACUUCGUGACAACUCACUGCCAUCAAUAUUUCCGUAUCAAUUUGUAGUAGAGAGUGCCUUACGAAAGCAACCGAAACCUACAUUUUCUCCAUCUCUCUCUUCAAACUACUGUAACGUAUUUUAUAAUUGCCGCCGCAUACCGUUGUGACAUAAACGUAGCCUUAAAAGAGAUAAUUAAACAUUGCUCGUAUUACACUAUAAUAUAAAACUGCUAAAAUCGUCCAAAAUAUAUUAAAAGUGUAAUAUUAUAUAAAUACAAAGAUGUGAAUAAAUUGCAUGGUAGUGACAACCCUAAACAAUGGCAGCCAUUUUAUGGUACGAAUCUCUGAUUAUAUUACAACUUAUACGGAACGGAACGGAACUAAUACAUAAAGAAGAGAAAAUGGACAGAAAACAUUGAUUAAAUAUGUAAAAUACAGUGUCGAAGUCAUAGACUUAGUAUAUACUGGCGUAUAGACCAACAAAGCGAGCGAGGGAGAAGAAAAUUCCUUACGGAAAUUUGGCAAGAUAGAAAAGGAUAGCGAAUCCAAUGAAACUGUGACUGGUUUUGAAUGACAAUUGACAGGUCAUCACAAGUCGGCACGCGGAGAAACAACCCCUUAGUAUUUUGGAUUUUUUGCGUACAUCGUGGUUUAUUUUCAGUAAAUCUAAUUGUAUUCAACAAUGGUUACAUGUUCUGUGAGUGAUUGUGGUGUUAAUAAUAGAAAUAAUCCUGAAAAUUGCACAUUUCACAGAUUCCCUCUAGAUACUAUACUAAGAGGAAAAUGGUUGAGAUUAAUUGGGCGCGUUGGUUGGAAUCCAAAGAAGAACUCUACCAUUUGCAGCAAACAUUUCCCGGACGAAUAUAAAAGAAAAAGACGAAUAAAUACAGUUUUAGUUAAAGGAGCCAUUCCAACUUUAUUUGUACCAAAAAUGUCGGAUAAGAGAAAACUAUACAAAUGUGAUAAAUGUAUAAGAACAUAUACAAAUAGCAAUGCUUUAGAGAAUCACAAGAGAGUCAUGCACUGUAUAGUAAAUAAUGCAACUCCAAUGAAAUCACGUGGUAAUAAAAUUAAAGCAGAUACAGAAAAGUUUGAGAGAUACCAGUGCCCUAUAUGUCAAACGAAUUUCCCCUCAAAAUUUGUCGCCACCAAGCAUAUAGAGGUUUAUCAUAGUAAAUAUAUUACAGCCCUUCACCCAGUAAAACUUCAGGAUUGUACAAAUUGCAAGCAGAAAGAUAUAAAUUUAGCUCUACACAAGUGUGACAAACAGAAAAAUGAAAUUUCUGUUAGCAUCACCGAUGAGAAACAGACGAAAACAAAGAUUGAACAAUAUUUCUGCUAUUUGUGUAGCAAAAUUUUCAUGAAUGCAAACAAGUUCAUUUUUCAUGUGGAGGCUCAACAUAACAAAAGUGUUGAGACCAUGUUCUUUCCCAAUAUGACACAGUUCACCUUAUGGAAGGAGCAUAUAGAGGAAUUAGCAUAUAUCCAAUACCGUCUAUGCUCGGAGGAAAUAAAUGGAAGGCAAUUUUACCAUUGCAGCCACACUAAAGUAACAAAAAUGUGCACUGAACGAUGCCCAUCUAUAAUUGUUGUCCAAUCAUACCCAAAAGGCAUUUUAGCCAGAUUGUAUAAAACCCAUGCUAAUCAUAAAACUUGUGAGUAUAAUUUAGCAAAAGAAUUCCGAAAAUAUUGUAUCACAAAUUUUCUGCAAUCAAUAGACAACUCGAAUGGGUGUGAUCCAUAUUUGGAUUUUAAAAUGUUAUUGGAAAAUAUACUGGAGGCAGCGGCCAAAAUAAAAAUAUCUGGAUUAAAAGAACUUGUGGAAAAAGCAUUAGAAAUGACAAUCAUAUUAAAUACAUACGACGAAGAAGACGAUUCUUUAAAAAAGAAUCACAAACGAACAAAGUCCUUGACGGAUGCAGAAAUAUCUGAGGUCUUACAACAAGAAGCAUCAGUAACAAUCAAGAGAGAAAAUUCAGAUUUAGAUAUGUUGGAGCCGCUGAAGAAGAAAGCCCAUAUGGAAGAUGUAUCUCCUAGAAUAGUAAAUACUUACUCCUUAGCGGAAUAUCCUGUUGAUCAACAAUCAGACACAGAUUCUUGCGACGAUAUUGAUAACAAAAUUUUAAUUAGCAAUUUUGUAGGUAAACAGAAAUCUAAACCUUGUGAUACUAAACCAGAUUUAGAUUUACUAGACGAUAAAGACAAGGAAUUUUCUAGUUUUAACGAUACAUAUAGAGAUUUUGUUAGAAAGAACUUACGUUUAUCCUCCAAUGGACCAAUGGUCACUCGGUCACGUGGAUCACAAAUAAAUUCAAAAAAGAAUUCCAGUCAGAAAAAUAAUACAACCAAGAGUACUGAGGCUGAUGUAACUGACAAUAUAACUGAAACUUGUAACAGUCCUACUCCAAAUUCUAAAGUAUAUACUGUUAGUUCAGUAAAUGUUAGUAAUAGUGUUGCGGAUACAGUCAAAUUCAACAAUAUUUCAACAGAAAAUGUUGUUGUGACACCUGCUGCUAAUCACUUGAUGAAUAAUAACAUGGUAUUUGUAGCAGUUCCUUAUGCCCCUAUGAACACUAUGAUUCCUACCACCUGUACAAAUCCAUUAUUCAAUCUUGUUGGAGUUUCAGUGCCACAAAACAUAACUGUAACAGAACAAACUUUAUCAAACAAUAUUAAUAAAUCCAGUCUUAAAAAAGAAACAACGCCUAUAAAGCAUAAUAAUGCCAAUAAGAAUGGAAAGGACAAGACAGCAGUUAAGAGUAAUGACACAGAUGAUAAAGAAGUUAAUACAGAUAUCAAUAACAGUGACUCGGAUGUUGAAAAUACUGAUACAAAAUCAAGUGCCACUGAUGAAUAUGAACCUAAAGUUAUACAAAAACCAAGUGUUAAAUUAGAAAAAGUGAAAAAGAACUCUAAAACCCCGAAAGAUAUUGAAUAUGAAGUGAUUGAACAAGAUAGUGAUUGUAAUAUAUUAGUAUUAAAAUUAUAGUGUUAAUGUCCCUGAUGAUUGUCUGUAUGUUUACGGUCUGUUUCACAAUGUAUGGAUAAAGUACCAGAUAGCUAUGCAACACAUAAAUUAUUUGGAAGAUAAAUUGUGCUAUUUGACAUUCAUCGGACUCAUAGCUUAUGAUGGACUUUAUGUGACGAAUAGCGCUAUCUGACAGUCGUGAAACGCAACAACAGUGUUUAUCCUACCAAUAAGUAAUAAAAACCUAAUUUGGAACUUAUGUAGAACUUAUCCGUACAUUGUGAAAUAGACCCUUAGUGUAUCUAUAUUUAGUCUGUCUGUAAGUUAAGAAUACUAGUUAAGUGUUAAGACUAAAUUGUAACAAUUAUGUCAACUAUCGUUUUUUUUAAAUAAAAGUUUAAACAAUUUUGUAACAGAAUUGUAGGCCAAAUUAGACUGACUUUUUUGUAUUUUGUCAUGAAGUAAAAAAAUUGGUUAAGCAAUCACUGUUGACUAUUUAAUAUAAACAAUAUAUUAGUUUAUUUUUUUAACAUACACAACAAAUUGUCAAUGUGCUGAAAUUGGAUUAUCCAGAUAAGUUAUAUAUACAUAAGUUAAGCUUUUGAUGAUUUAAUAAAUCUUUGGCCUACAACAUCAUGUAUUCCAGAAAUUUUUUCUUAUUAUUUUAUCAACUUUAUCAACAUAAUAGAAACCUGCACUUGGUCAAUCCCAAGCCAACUAUAGAAAAAGAAAAGAGAAUAUAAUAUUUAAAUCAUGGUUUUUAUUGCUUGGAAGGUAGGCACAGAGAUUGUUAAAUUGUUAUUGUGUAAUAUAUAAGUUAUGUAUAUAUAGUUAUGUUAUAUACUUAAUGAGUUAUAAAGAAUUUCAUAUUUGCCAAACAAGA